CGUGUAGAGAUAUCAGUACACAAAGUAUGAAGGAUGAGGCAAAUUGCAUUAGAAUUUAGGAGAGAGGGCAUUUGAAAGAGAGAGCACAAAAUACAAGAAGUCAAAAAAGAGGUUUUGAUUGUCAGUUUCAAAGAAAUCUAGCUGAUGAACAACAAUCAGGGCCUUCCAUAUCAUGUACAGAUGUCAACAAACCAGGUAUGGAAAACGAGUUAAAUGUUUGCAGUGGGACAGUAUACAUUGUUAACAUCGGAAAGGAAGGCAAAGAGAAGGUGGUAAAGGAGAACCUAUUAGAGAGAGGGCCUGAAAAGCAAGGAGCCCAACUAUCAGACAGCCCUGACUACAACAUUGACAAUGCAUUCAGUGAAAACAUUGAAACUACCCAUGGAACCCAGUUCCCAGGUCUGUACCAACUUGCUAAUCCUUUAUUUAUAUAUUCUCUCCUUCUACCAAAAAAAAAUAUAACUAAUCCUGACCAACAACCUGUUGUUCUUGAUUUUGAUGGAGAGGAUACCUCUGAUACUGAAAGUGAUGAGUUUAUUAGUUUGACUUCUAUUUCACGUAGAGAUGUUAACACACCAUGCCUUGAAGAUGAGACAAAUGUUCACAGAAGGACGUUAUGCAUCCCAACUUUGGGAAAGGAAAGCAAAGAAGAGGUGGUAAAGGAGGGCCUAUCUGAGAAAGAGCCCGAAAGACAAGGGGCCCAGCCUUUUUCAGAUGGCCCUGAGUACAACAGUGACAAACCAUCCAGUCAAAACACUGAAACUGCCCAUUUAAGUCAGAGGCAAGCUGAAGCAGGAAUUUCCGGAAUUCCGAAAGAAAUCCCAAAAGAAGUUUUACGACAACAUAGAACUAAUCCUGACCAACAACCCAUUGUUCUUAAUUUUGAUGGAGAGGAUACUUCUGAUAUUGAAAAUGAUGAGGUUAUUAAAUUGAACUAUUCCAUAAGAUUCAGAAGGCAGCAAAGGAAGUGCACAUACCUAGCAGUUCCACAGUUGGGGAGAAAGAAGGUUCCGUGGACAAUUGAGGAAGAACAGAUGCUUAGGGAGGGAGUAAGCAAGUUCUCAAGUACAGCUGGUGGUAGCAUUCCAUGGAAGGAAAUUCUGGACCUUGCAUGCGAUAUGAUUUUGAGAUCUGAGGCAGCUCCCAUUCUGAGAAAUGUUAUGAUUUACCUAGAGAGAGAGAUGGGCAUUGGAAAAAGAAGCACUCCUCCUAUGGGAAUCCGAGGAAGAGACUACUCAAACACACAAUAUCCACAAAUUCUAGUCACCACCACAACACCUUUAAAUGCACCCCAACAGUCUGUUUCUUUCAUCUUCUUCUUGCCUAGGUCAAUAACAGAGGUUUCUUUUACCAGUAUUCUUACUGUUCACAGGAUUGCCGCACCAAGCCAAAGGGCAUGAAACUGAACUAGGAAUAUGGAAUGAUAGUUGAGGGUAACUAGAAAGUACCCAAUAGAAUCCCUCUUACGCUCUCAGGAUAAAUUGUUUAAAUAGCUGAUAAUAAAUAUUUAAUCACUAA